UUGUCGUGUUACUUCUUUUCUCCUCCUCUUUUUCCUGAAGCCAGCGAGAAACGGGAGAAAGUCGGCGGCGUGAAGUUGCUCCAGCCGCCGGGGAAGAAGCAGGAGACUGGCCUCAUUUCUGCGGAACUUUUUCCGAAGAAAUGGCCAGAGCAGGAAGGAGCGGGCACAGUGUGAGAUAAAAGAGGACAUUAAAUGUUGAGGAUUUUACAACUUUUCUCCAAGAUGAAUCUCGUUCUUCAUCGGAUUUUAACGACUUUCGCUUUCACCAAUGCUGUAUUGUGUCUUUAUAACUUCACUAUCUGCAGAGCGAGCCCGUGAUGACACAAAGCAUAGGCUGCCCCUCCCAUAUCCCAUUCCUGUUGUCUCUAAAAAGGACACGUCUCUCUGUUCAGACCCUGUCUUCCUGAAAUUUCCCACCCUCCCUCUCUCUCAGUUUCUGGGCCAUGAUCCGUAAGAGAAGCUGUCUUAUUUUUUGUGGCGCGUUCCUGUUUAUCACAUGGAAUGCCAUACUGGUACUCCUGCUGUGGGGGAGACCCCCACAGGGCCGAGAUCAGAAAGAAGGUCCCGAAGGGCCCCCCAGCAAUGUGAUGGAAGACGUGCUUCGAUUUGCAAAUGCGUUCGAAAGUGAACUUGAGAUGCAGAAAAAAAUCCUAUUGCAAAUCCAGAAUCAUCAGUUGCUCUGGGAGCCAUCAGACAACAAGCCAAAGGUGACCGCUGCCCCUCGGCCUGUCAUCCCUAUCCUUGUCAUCGCCUGCAACAGAGUCACCGUGAAGCGCUGCUUGGACAAACUCCUGCAGCACCGGCCCUCAGCAGCGCUCCACCCAAUCAUAGUGAGUCAGGACUGUGGACAUGCCGAGACUGCUGAGGUGAUUCGGUCUUAUGGAAACAACGUAACUCAUCUGAAGCAGCCGGAUUUGUCUGACAUCCAAGUGAGGCCUGAGCACAAGAAGUUUAAGGGUUACUAUAAAAUCUCCCGGCAUUACCACUGGGCGCUCAACCAAGUGUUCAAGACGCUCGGUCAUUCAUCUGUGGUGAUCGUGGAGGACGACCUGGAGGUGGCACCAGACUUCUUUGAGUAUUUCCGAGCCUUGCUGCCUUUCCUGAAAUCUGACCCCAGCCUGUGGUGUGUGUCUGCCUGGAAUGACAAUGGGAGGGAAGGCUAUGUGGAUCCCGGCAAGGCCGACCUGCUCUAUCGGACAGACUUCUUUCCCGGCCUGGGGUGGAUGCUCCUCAGGGAGGUGUGGGAGGAGCUGGAGCCAAAGUGGCCUGAGGCUUUCUGGGACGACUGGAUGCGCCAGCCAGAGCAGCGCCGCAACCGUGCCUGUAUACGCCCAGAGAUCUCACGGACUUUAACUUUUGGUCGCCAGGGUGUGAGUCUGGGUCAGUUUUUUGACAAAUACCUGCGUUACAUUAAACUGAAUACCGAGUUUGUGCCUUUCACCAAGUUGGACCUGAGUUACUUGAAGGAGGAG